AUGUCUUCUUACAGAGUCCAGGUGGCCACGGGGGACUUCUUGGGCUCAGGAACCUUCAGCUCCAUCUCCAUCACCUUGGUGGGGUCCAAGGGGGAGAGCCCGAAACAGCCGCUGAAUAAUGUGGGGAAGGAUUUCCUGCCAGGAGCGGUGGACGAGUACAAGGUGUCCAGUGACCGAGACCUGGGCCCCCUUCUGUUAAUCCGUCUCCACAAAGAGCCCUACGUGUUCUUCCCGGAGGAUAGCUGGUACUGCAGCUUCGUCCAGCUGAUAACCCCGCAAGGGGAGACCUACCGUUUCCCCUGCUACCAGUGGAUCGAGGGGCACCGGACCCUGGAGCUGAGGGAAGGCACAGGCAAACUGGCUUGUGAGGAUGCAGAAAACCCGUUGUUUAUGCGUCACCGGGCUGAAGAGCUGAAGGUGCGGCAAGACUGUUAUAGUUGGGCAGAAUAUGCUCCGGGAACUCCGCGGUGCCUGGCCGUGGAGAGCAUCGAAGAGAUGGACACGAACAUGAAGUUUUCCAUCACCAAGCUCAGCACCUUUCUUCUGCGUUCAAAGCUUGCGAAGGCCGAGAUGAAGAUGAAGGGCCUCUUGGACUGCCAGCAGUCUUGGAAGAAGCUGGAGGACAUCCGGCGGGUUUUCUGGUUCAACAGAACUCCCGUUUCGGAAUACGUUGCCGAUCACUGGAUGGAUGAUGCAUUCUUUGGCUACCAGUAUCUGAAUGGGGUCAACCCUGUGGUGAUCCGGAAAUGCACCAAGAUCCCAGCCAACUUCCCUGUCACCCAGGAGAUGGUGGCUGCGUCCCUGGCUGAAGGUACAUCCCUUCAGCAGGAGGUGAAGAAGGGGAAUAUCUUCCUCGUGGAUUACAAGAUCCUCCAGGGCAUCCCAACCAAUACCAUCCAAGGCAAGCAGCAAUAUUUGGCUGUCCCGCUCUGCUUGUUGUACCAGACGCCUUCCGGGGACCUCAUGCCCAUUGCGAUCCAGCUCAGCCAAACCCCAGGUUCCAACAACCCCAUCUUCCUCCCCAGUGACCCAGAGUGGGACUGGACCUUGGCGAAGAUGUGGGUGCGAAAUGCCGACUUCCAUGUCCAUCAGAACAUCUGCCACCUCCUGCGGACUCACCUGCUAGCCGAGGUCUUCGCCAUGGCCAUACUGAGGCAGCUGCCGAUGUGCCACCCGCUGUUCAAGCUGCUGCUCCCUCACAUCAGAUACACCCUCCAGAUCAAUACGUUUGCCAGAGUCCGGCUGAUCAUGGAAGGAGGCAUGAUGGAUCAGGCCACCUCCGCAGGCUACGAAGGAAUCGGGCCCAUCGUAGGCAAAGGCACCCAAGAGAUGACCUACACCUCCCUCUGCCUCCCAGACGACAUUGAGGCCCGCGGGGUCACCUCCAUCUCUAACUACUACUACCGGGACGACGGCCUGAAGAUCUGGACCACCAUUGAGAGCUUUGUCUCGAGCAUCGUCCAGUUCUAUUACAAGAACGAUGACCACGUCCAAAGCGAUCCAGAGCUCCAGGCCUGGGUUCUGGAGAUCUUCCAAGAAGCCUUCAAGUCCAGGAAGGCCUCGGGCGCCCCCUCCUCAUUGAAGACCGUGGCAGAGCUUACAAAGUUCUUGACGAUGGUGAUAUUCACCUGCUCGGCACAACAUGCUGCCGUCAAUAGUGGUCAGUAUGACUUUGGUGCCUGGAUCCCCAACAUCCCACCCUCCAUGAGAAGACCCCCACCGACGGUCAAGGGCACAGUGACCUUGGAGCACAUCCUGGAGACCAUUCCUCCAGUCAACGUCACCUGCAUCGCCUUGAGUUCUCUGUGGCUGCUAAGCAGUGAGGCAGGAGACCGGAGACCUCUGGGAUACUAUCCGGACGAGCAUUUCACUGAGGAAGAACCAAAACGCUUCAUCAAGGCGUUUCAGGAUCACCUGGCUGAAAUUUCUGAGGAGAUCAACAAAAGGAACCGAUCUCUGCCUCUCCCAUACAACUACAUGAACCCUUCUGAGAUCGAGAACAGCAUCUCCAUCUAG